AUGAGGGUGCACAAUCUCUGCGGCCCACCGCAAUUCAUCUUCACAAUCAAAGAGGAAAGCAAAGAAGAUUUGGAAUUAUCAGAAGAUGGGAGAUCAAGAAAGGGGUCGAGGACAAGAAGCUUGAGCGAUCUCUUCGUUGACGGCGCCGCCCCUUUGGAUUGCUACCGCCACCACGGGAACAUCAACCCGCUGUUCGAGUCGCUCCCGGAGGCGGAGCUCCGGCGCCUGCGGUCGUCGCCGCCGCCAAAGUUCAAAUUUUUAAGGGACGCGGAGGAUAAGCUGCUGCAGGAGAAGGCGGAGAGGCGAAUCAUCGACCAGAAUCUUCAGCAAGAUUCGAUUUUGGAAGAUGGGUCUUUUCUCAAAUUUCUUAAUGUGAGAGACAAGAUUCACAAUCACGCAAAGCAGUGGCAUUCUACUGAUAAAGAGCAGAUAUUCUUCUGA